AUGCACUCUAAAGUUGUUGUUAUUGGCUCCGGCCCUGCUGCCCACACCGCUGCCAUCUACCUCGCCCGUGCCGAGAUCAAGCCCGUCCUUUACGAGGGCAUGCUCGCAAACGGCAUCGCCGCCGGCGGCCAGCUCACCACCACCACCGAAAUCGAAAACUUCCCCGGCUUCCCCAACGGCAUCCUCGGCGCCGAGCUCAUGGACAACAUGCGCGCCCAGUCCGAGAAAUUCGGCACCGAAAUCAUCACCGAGACCGUCUCCCAGAUCGACCUCUCGGCCCGCCCCUUCAAGUACUGGCUAGAGGACAACGAGUCCGCCGAACCCAACACCGCCGACACCGUCAUCGUCGCCACCGGCGCCUCCGCCAAGCGCCUCCACAUCCCCGGCGAGGAGACAUACUGGCAAUCCGGCAUCUCCGCCUGCGCGGUCUGCGACGGCGCCGUGCCCAUCUUCCGCAACAAGCCGCUCGUCGUCGUCGGCGGUGGCGACUCCGCGGCCGAGGAAGCGCUCUUCCUCACAAAGUACGCGUCCAAGGUCUACGUCCUCGUCCGCCGCGACAAGCUCCGCGCGUCCAGCAUCAUGGCCAAGCGUCUGCUCGCCCACCCCAAGGUCGAGGUCCUCUGGAACAAGGCCCCCGUCGAAGCCAAGGGCGAGAACGGCCUGCUCACAAAGCUGACCAUCCAGUCCACCGUCGACGACUCGCUCACCGACAUCGACGUCAACGGCCUGUUCUACGCCAUCGGCCACGUGCCCGCCACGCAGAUCUUCAAGAACCAGAUCGAGACCGACGAGGACGGAUAUAUCAUCACCAAGCCGGGUACCGCGCAGACCAGCGUCAAGGGCGUCUUUGCCGCGGGUGAUGUCCAGGAUAAAAAGUACCGCCAGGCAAUCACCAGCGCCGGCACUGGUUGCAUGGCUGCUCUUGAGUGCGAAAAGCUUCUUGCUGAGGAGGAGGAUGCAGAGUAA